AUGAAGGUUACAAGACUUCAGCUUGGCGUAUACAAUGGACAAGGCAACCAGCAACCAUUUUGCCUAUAUCUGUUCCCCUUGGUCGCCUCUUCGCAGCAAGACAUGUCCCCAAAGACCACGAUACAUUCCCCAUUUUAUCGGUUAAGGGAUAUUGACACAAUAUUUUUUGAGUCACCUACAGAGUUUAUGUUCAAAACGGGAAAAAUUCCUAAAAUCUACUUUGACACACCUGGAUAUUGUUUCUAUGAACGGUCGGGGGAUAUCUUCCUGUCGGCUCGUGCUGUGGGCGAAACUGCGACUCGUCUAGGAAAUCAUCUACUUGCAGAAUUCUGCAAGUAUGGUAGAGAAGACAUAAUAUCAGGAAUGGCUGACCGAUUGCUAAGUGACAUCACGAUAUUAUCUCGCAUGGCUCCCGCCGAGGCUGAAUUUGAAUUUUUUUCCAUCAGCUCUCCAUGCCUCCCUACUUUCUCUCCGAGAUCUGAUUACGGCUCCCAUGUUGGCUCGCCAAGUAACUUGGGUUCGCCAACAAAAAGCCCUCAUUUAAUUCCACCACCACCGGUAAGCGGGAAGAAGCGUAUGUCCUUCGAAGAAAUACUCCAUUCCAACGAUAGUUCCGAUGAUAAAAGACAUUCACCAAGAAUGGACCAAAGCGCAGUUUCUCCUGCGGGAUCAGAUAAAGGGACCUCAACGUUCAAGCAAGAAACGUCUGCUACUUGCUCUAAGAGCGAUCGUUCUGACAUUCGAUCUCCAAAUCGUUCCCCCAGAUCAUCUCCUCACUCGCCAUCUUUCCCGGAUUCUCAAGGCGCUCUGAUAAUAAAUGACGAUAUCCGAUUACGUAAGAAAAGACGAGUUGCGGUGUCACCAAUUGGAUCAAAUAAAAUCAAAGCGACCAACAAUCCCGAAGUGAUGGAACAAGUUAGAAACACGCUCAAAAGGCAUUCUGUUGCCGGUUACAAUAAUUCUGGCUCAUCAUCUCACGGUGCAUGGGAUUCGACCAAGCGGACUUCAACAGCUCGAGUGAAUCGCAACUCCAGGAAUCUCAGUGUGUUUGCCCCACCAUACAAUGAUACUCAUUCCAGACCUUGCGUCGUGAAUGGUCAAAACCAUGCUUCAAGUCUGUCCAACGGUCACGAUCCCUUGCCAAUGACUGCACCUAUUACCAGAUCAGCUUCAAAUAAACAAAGUUCUUUCGGGUACUCUCUAUCGACCAAUUCUGCUUUCAGACCCGCAAUUAAAAUGCACUCUGCUUCCACCAGUGCUAGUAUCAACGGUCUCAUUUCACCUCAUAACAUUGAUGAUGUGCACCCAGAACGCAGUCCAAUGACAAGUCCUCAAGUCAGCAUUCAAUUUAGCCCCUCCACCGCGGCUAGCCCGAUGUUACCUUCCGAACAACCGACGAAGGAAUCAUUCGUCAAUCUCUUUGACAAUUUCUAUGAUGCCGUGGCCGACACUCGAUCUCUGAAAUCUACCCUCGAAGAACAGAUCCGUAAAACAACCACUUUGCUUCAAGCACUCCAAGCGUCAGGCUCGAUGAUUGAAAGUUUAGUUCGCGGUCAUUUUCGCGAAAUGCAAACAGAGGUCGUUAAAGAUUUGGUGAAGUUGGAGAAAAGGAUUGCCAAGGUAGAGGAACGUAUGCGUCAGAGUACAAAUGUAGGAAUGAGUCCCAGCCCCCCCAUCGAGGCAGACAGAAGGUUAAGCGACAUCAGCACCGCGAGCAGUGACAUGGGCUAUGGUCAUCAAAACGAGAAUAACGAAGGUUCACCGCGACACUUGUCAGUUGGACAACCUUCACAAUCCAGUCCCCCAUUGUCGGCCGGUUUGUCGCGAGGUGAAGAGACACAACAACAGGAUUAUCAAGAAGCGUUGAGUGCCAUAAAGGCUAGAUUGGAGUCAUUGGAAAGACGCAUCGAUGCACCAAAGAGCGGUCUACUUCAUAACGUCGAGUAUACACCAAUCCCACGCCUCAAGGAACGCACGGUCCCCGUACAUCGGUGGAUCGUUCAGGUGGUUCUAUUUUUUACGGUAUCUGUUUUGAACAACAUCGCGUUAGGAUAUAGAAUAUCUGUACCUCUUCAUAUAAUUUUCCGUAGUGGGGGACUAAUGGUCAGUAUGAUAUUAGGGUGGGCGUUGGCCGGAAAGAGGUACACAAUGAAACAAGUAAUAUCGGUGGUAAUGGUCACCUUAGGAGUCGCGUUGGCAACGAUUAGUUCUGCCAACAUCAACACGAAGGAUGUGACCAUCGAUGUCAGCACCUCUGAUUAUGUGAUGGGGAUCACCCUUCUCUCGAUCGCCCUGAUACUUUCUUGUAUAAUGGGCCUAUACCAAGAAUUUACUUAUAAGAAGUACGGAAGCAAUUGGCGCGAAGGUUUAUUUUACACGCAUUUUCUCGCGUUACCUCUCUUCUUCCUAUUCUACUCCGACAUCAAAGGCCAGAUCCAGAGUUUCAAUAAUUCUCCACUAGUAUCACUGGACGACAUGAUCACCAAAUUCAAGGGUGAUUUGCACUCUUUUGGUCGAGCUCGAAGUGUAAUGAAGCAUUGUUAUUUGCCUCAAACGUGGAUUUAUCUUUUGAUAAAUUCUCAUACCUCUGUUCAACCUAGAUUCGUGUGCGUGUCCGGUGUUCACAGGCUAAACUCUAUUUCCACUGCCUUAACCUUGAAUCUCGUCUUAAAUCUUCGAAAAUUUACUUCACUUGUUAUUUCCGUUUGGUUCUUCGAUAACGAAUUUCACUUUGGAAUGAAACUUGGUGGUCUCUUG